ACUCGGCCUCGAGGCGCGCGCGGGGCCGGCGUGCUCGGGGGCCGGACAGCGGCGGCGGCGGCGGCGGCGGCGGGCGGAUGGCGGCAGCACGGCGGUGGCGGCAGCGGGGAGGGCGCGCCCGGGGCCUCGUCGCGCUCCGGCUCGGCGGACUCCGGCUCGCGCCGCGGCCGCGGGUGCUGCCGGGGGGCGCGGCGGGCGCAGCAGAGCGGCUGGCGGCAGCGGCGUCGUCGAGCGGUGCAGACAAAGGAGGGGCGGAGGGAGGAGACGGAGGGUGUGGGAGAGGCGGCUUCACCGGCGCGGGCGGCGGCGGCCGCGCUCCUCUCGCUCCUCAGCAGCGGGGACCGAGAGAGGGAGCUGUGUCUGAGAAGACGCCAAAAUCCCCCUUAGCGCUGCCUGCGGGAGGGGGAGGGGGCACAAGAUGGCGGCGGCCGGGGGGGCGGGAGUUCAGCUCAUGGAUCCCGGCGGGCGGCGGAGGGGAGACCGGGCCGGCGGAGGCGGCGGCGGCAACGGGCGGGGGAGGGGGCUGAUCCCGCGUCUCCCCUCAGCAGACAAUACAAGCGCCUCGGACCGAGUCCCCGAACCUGCCCUAGCCAAAAUGGCGGCCGAGAAAGAGCGGAAGUGACGUUAAAGAGGCUUUUGUAUACUGGAGAUAUAAGCAAAAAAGGUCUAAGGUGACUUUACGCAGAGAUUGAAGGAUGAGCAGCAGAUGGUCAUCAAGGAACAUGGAAACAGCAUUUCAGGCAAAGGAAAAUAGAACUCUGUGAACUCAGAAGCAUGCUUAUGGCAUGGAAAGCAAAAAGGAAGGAGCACAAGGCAGAGGUCAGAAAGGGAGGCAGGGGCCAACAAACACAUAGGGGCUUGAGGGACAAGGGAAGGAGCUUGGAUUUUUCCCUAGAUGUUAGUGGGAACUCCCUGAACUGGAGGGACAAUAAUCUGAUUCUGUUUUUGUGUAUCUAGCUUAAACUCAGAACAGCUUCCAAAAUCUUAUUCACAGAGGUUUUGUGAUCUUUUAGGCUAAGAAUUUAAUUAUAUUGCCUACAAACAAAUAUAAUUGUGUAUAUUUUACUAACAUUUAACUAAAUUCUUGUCUUACUGUAUUAACAUUUCCAUGUUUAAUGAUAGCUAGCAUGCCUGUCUUAAUGAAUGUAUUGGAAAUGAUUCAGCAUUUCACUAUUUGGUGUAAUAUUUGUAUUAUGACUGGGUUAUUUUUUAUUAUGCUUAAGAGGUUUCCUUCUAUUCUUAAAGUUUUAACUAGAAAAUGGUAGUAAAUAAUAUCUCCUUUAGCAUCUACAGACUUAACCACACUACUUUGUUAACAUAAUGAAUGAAUUAUAAGUGAUUACCAAUAAUGAGCCAUUCUGGCAUUCCUGGAAUAAACUCUUUUGUUCAUGGUG